AUGAAUUUAAUCCAGAGAUCUAUUUGUAUAUUUGCUUUGACUAUAGUUAUUCUUUAUAUUUUGCUCCGAAAUUCUGGAGAUAAUGAACUUGAACAGGUAAUUUUGAUCGUUUUAUCGAGGUUUUGGGUUUAAUUUGGUGUGUAUUAGUUUGGCCUCGCAUUGUUUGUUUAUAAGUUUGUUUAUUUCUAAAUUUUUUAGGUAACAUCUGAAGAAUAUAUCCGGUUGACGGAAGAGUUGACGAGGUUAGAACGUUUGUUGGAGUUGGAAAACAAAAAUAUAGAUGAAAUACGUUUGAAAUUAGCAUCUUUAGAAGGAAAGAAACCUCAGGUAUGAACUUUAUUUGAGCUUUCCGUUUUUAGGCAGUUAGGAGAUGUGUUAUAUGCACUUUUAUUCGCUUUUGUAUGGUUUAUACGGUUAAACUGAAGAAAAAGGUUAACAGUAUUUAUAGCUUGUGUAAUAAUAUAUUAAAACUUUAUUUCGUAUUGAUAUAAGCUUACUUUCAGUUUAUACCAAGCGAGAAUGCUAAAGGACCUUGGGACAAGCCGAUAGCUGUGUUGAUAUUCACUUGUAAAAGAGCUGAUGCUGUGAGAGUGGUAUUGAACAAACUUCUGAGGUUAGUUUUGUCUUUAUUUUUCAUGUUUUAUAUUUAGGAUACGACCGUCUUCCGAACUUUUUCAUCUUAUUGUUAGUCAAGAUUGUGACGACAAUAGUGUGAAGGAAGCUGUGGAUGAGUUUGGAUCUAAUGUCACUUAUAUUAAGGUAAUAAUUAUAGUUUGUCUUUAUUGCUUCGUUUUUUUCUAGGGUGUAAAGUUUGGGUAAUGAAGAAGGUCUUUGCAAUAAAAUUGAUGUAUUACUAUGAUAUUGCUUGAUUAUAUACAAUAUUAUUCGCUUGUGUUACUGAUACCUUUUUUAGCAUUCGAGCCCUAAGCAUGCGAAAAUCGAAAUUCCGAGUAGUCAGACAAGGUACAAAACCUACUUUUACAUUGCUCGACAUUACAAACUGGGAUUGGAUUAUGUUUUUAACACUAAGAACUACGAUUCUGUUAUUAUAGUUGAAGGUAAGUGAUGUUGUUUAAAACAAUUAUUUGGUCCCUUAAAUGUUUAGUAAUUCAUUUUAAAUGUAUAUUAAUGUGUAUAUUGACAUGCUUAAAUUGUGUAAAAUUAACCGGGCAUUUAAACGUCAAAUAUUUCCUAUUGGUGUUGCUUUUCAAUAAUAUUGUUGUAGACGACUUGGACAUCAGCCCAGACUUCUUUUUGUACUUUUCUGGAACUCGUUGGUUGCUAGAUGCCGAUCCGACGUUGUACUGUAUAUCUGCAUGGAAUGACAAUGGAAAAGCACAGUUGAUCGAUAUGGAAGCUCACGAUCUUCUCUACAGAUCUGACUUCUUUCCGGGGUUAGGGUGGAUGAUGACAAAGUAAGUAGUUUUUGGAAGCGCUUAAAGGAAUACUUAAUUUGUUUUUUUAGUUGUAUUGUAGGAUCAUAGAGUUUUUCACAAUAUAUAUGAUGAUUAUUAAUGUUUAUUGUUUUAGUAAAUUAUGGCAAGAACUAGGCCCCAUCUGGCCUACUGGCUUUUGGGAUGACUGGAUUAGAGAUCCAGCUAGGCGGAAGGAUCGACAAUGCAUUCGACCGGAGAUUUCCAGGACAGCUAUGACUGAUUUUGGCAAAAUUGGAGCUAGCGAGUAAGUUUUUAGUUUUUGAACUUUUUAUUGUAGUUUAUGGUAUAGUGGAAUAUUAAAAGUAACUUUACAUUGAAGUUUAUUUUAUAAUGGUGUGCUUAAUUUUAAACUAAAGAUAAUGGAUCACAAUUUCAGAGGCUUGUUUUUCGCAAAAUACCUAAAGAAAAUCGUUUUGAACAACAAAACUGUUGAUUUUACAAUGAUGGAUCAUACCAACUUGUUGCCUGAUAAAUAUUUACAGACAUUUAUAUCUAAAGUCUACUCGUUACCUACAAUCAAAGUCAACGAGUUCUUGUUACUGAACGAGAAAGAAAAGGAGUUUAGAUUAGAAUACAGUAGUAUGACAGAGUAUACAGAAUAUACGAGGAAAAUCAAGAUUAUGGGUGAUACCAAGGUAGGUGUGCUACAUUUAUGCUACAUUUGGUAUUGAUUGUCUUCUUAAAUUGUUGCUGUCUUAUGUUAUGAUAAACUUUUUAAUUACAAAAUUUAAAUUUUGAUCUAAAACUUUAACUUUUCAGGCUGGUGUACCACGAACGGCCUACCAUGGUAUUGUGACAGCCUACGUACGAGGUAAACGAUUAUAUCUUGCGCCAGCCAAUCGCGCUUUCAAAGGAUAUGACAGUAAAUGGGAAGCACCACAAGAUAUAUUGGACGGGUUAUAG